AUGUCAGGCCAAAUUGAUGUUCUUCUUUACGGGCUCGGAGCAAUUGGCUCCUUCUAUGGCUUUAUCCUCAGCAAAUCCGACCGCGUUCGCCUGACGGUCGUGGCCCGUUCCAACUAUGAAGCUGUGAAAGCAAAUGGCAUCACUAUAAACAGCGAAAACCAUGGCCAGCAUACUUUCCAUCCCCACCGAGUGGUAAAGUCUGCUGCUGAAGUUUCCCCGGUGGAUUACAUUGUGUGUGCGCACAAGGCUAUCGACCAGGACGAGGUGGCUGGUCGGUUGCAACCAGCCAUUGACCCCAAACGAACUACUAUCGUGGUCAUCCAAAAUGGCGUGGGGAACGAGGAACCAUUCCGGAAGAGAUUUCCCGACAACACAAUUAUAACUUGCGUGACAUGGGUAGGCGCUACGCAAACAAGUCCGGGCAUCGUCAAGCACACCAAAUCCGAGGAUAUGCAGAUCGGUCUAUUCCCAAACCUCACAGUCAACAGUCAGACCGAAAAACAACGGCUCGAGACAUUUGCUGACCUCCUUCGGAAUGGAAAGACGCGAUUCCAGGUUCUUGACGAUAUACAAGUACAGCGAUGGGAGAAAGUUGUCUGGAAUAUAGCAUGGAACUCAUUGACCACGCUCACCAUGGUGGACACUCAGACCUGGCUGCACUCCUCUGAAGACGCGACACCAUUCACACGCCAAUUGAUGCAGGAGGCUAUUAACAUUGCGCGUGCCUGCGGUGUGCCACUUAAGGAUGAGCUGAUUGACCAACAGAUGGACAAGAUCAAUGCCAUGCCUGGUAUCGGAAGCAGCAUGCAAACCGAUUGCAAAUGCGGGCGACCAAUGGAGAUCGAUGUGAUCUUGGGUUUCCCAGUGCGCAAAGCUCGAGAACUAGGCAUUCAAGCGCCUUAUGUGGAGGCUCUAUAUGUUCUUCUUCGGGCAGUUGAUGGCCGACUCAGGGCGGCGCUGUAA